UACACAUUCCUCCGCGCGCCGGAAGAGCGCGUUCCACCUUGCGGGAUUGCUUCUCCCUCGCCUCUCCUCGAGGAGAGGUCGCGGAGCCUUCAGGGACCACGCACCCGGAGUUGACGGAGAGCGCAGAACUUUGACGGGCAAGCUGAGGAAAAGGGGCACGCCGGCUGUCAUGGAAGGGAGGACGGAGACAAGACCGGACUAGACGUGGCGACGGUGGGAUUUUGUUUCCUGCCGUGGCGGACGGAUUUAGCAGUACGUUAACUUCCGGAAGCGUCCUGUCCCUGAGAGGAAAAGCCCUGAAGGAAACAAUAACAAACGACCGGAGGAAGCGCUUCUGCGUCUUCUGUGAGGACUAGUUCUCUCCUAAGAAGAUGCGCUGCGGCUCCUGUGAGGGAACGUGAGAGGGCUUGGUGGCCGUCAGCCAGCCUUUCCCCGCUUGUGCACCUCAGGGCCCCCCUGGCUUUUACCAUGGCGGGCGUGGGCCCGGGGGGCUACGCGGCGGAGUUCGUGCCGCCGCCCGAGUGCCCGGUCUUUGAGCCCAGUUGGGAGGAGUUCACAGACCCGCUAGGUUUUAUCGGUCGCAUCCGGCCUUUGGCUGAGAAAACUGGCAUCUGCAAAAUCCGUCCACCCAAGGAUUGGCAACCUCCAUUUGCCUGUGAAGUAAAAACCUUCCGUUUCACUCCCAGAGUCCAGCGCCUGAAUGAACUUGAGGCAAUGACUAGAGUAAGAUUGGACUUCUUGGAUCAACUGGCAAAAUUUUGGGAACUUCAAGGCUCUACAUUGAAGAUCCCUGUGGUGGAGAGAAAAAUCCUGGAUUUGUAUGCUUUAAGCAAGAUUGUUGCCAGCAAAGGAGGUUUUGAAAUAGUCACCAAAGAGAAGAAAUGGUCUAAAGUGGGUAGCCGGUUGGGAUAUCUACCAGGAAAAGGAACUGGUUCUCUUUUGAAGUCACACUAUGAAAGAAUUCUCUACCCAUACGAGCUUUUCCAAUCUGGUGUCAGCCUUAUGGGUGUACAAAUGCCUGAUUUAGAUCUUAAAGAAAAAGUUGAGGCUGAGGUUCUCAGCACUAACAUCCAGCCCUCCCCAGAGCGGGGAACAAGAAUGAAUAUUCCACCAAAGAGAACAAGACGAGUUAAAUCUCAGUCAGACUCUGGAGAAGUAAAUAGAAACACAGAACUGAAGAAACUUCAGAUUUUUGGGGCUGGGCCCAAAGUUGUGGGCCUGGCAGUAGGAGCAAAAGAUAAAGAAGAUGAGGUCACUCGAAGACGAAAAGUUACCAACAGAUCAGAUGCAUUUAACAUGCAAAUGAGACAACGGAAGGGAACUCUCUCUGUUAACUUCGUUGAUCUCUAUGUUUGCAUGUUUUGUGGUCGUGGAAACAAUGAGGAUAAACUGCUUUUGUGUGAUGGAUGCGAUGACAGCUAUCAUACGUUUUGUCUUCUUCCACCACUGCCUGAUGUACCCAAAGGAGACUGGAGGUGUCCUAAAUGUGUUGCUGAGGAAUGUAACAAACCUCGAGAAGCCUUUGGAUUUGAACAAGCUAUAAGAGAAUAUACACUUCAAAGCUUUGGAGAGAUGGCAGAUAAUUUUAAGUCUGAUUAUUUCAAUAUGCCAGUCCAUAUGGUUCCUACAGAGCUAGUAGAAAAGGAAUUCUGGCGGCUAGUAAGUAGUAUCGAAGAAGAUGUUAUUGUAGAGUAUGGAGCUGAUAUCUCUUCAAAAGAUUUUGGAAGUGGAUUUCCUAUAAAGGAUGGUCAGAGAAAGAUGUUGCCGGAAGAAGAGGAAUAUGCACUUUCUGGUUGGAAUUUGAAUAACAUGCCUGUUCUGGAGCAGUCUGUUCUUGCGCAUAUUAAUGUGGACAUUUCUGGUAUGAAGGUGCCAUGGCUCUAUGUGGGGAUGUGCUUUUCUUCUUUUUGCUGGCAUAUUGAAGAUCACUGGAGUUAUUCCAUUAACUACUUGCAUUGGGGCGAACCAAAGACAUGGUAUGGUGUACCAUCUCAUGCUGCAGAACAACUGGAGGAGGUGAUGAGGGAGCUGGCCCCUGAGUUAUUUGAAUCACAGCCUGAUCUCCUACAUCAGUUAGUAACCAUCAUGAACCCAAAUGUGCUCAUGGAGCAUGGUGUGCCUGUGUACAGGACUAAUCAGUGUGCUGGAGAGUUUGUGGUGACAUUUCCUCGUGCCUAUCACUCUGGAUUUAACCAGGGAUACAACUUUGCCGAAGCGGUGAACUUCUGUACUGCUGACUGGUUGCCCAUUGGACGUCAGUGUGUAAAUCACUAUCGACGGCUGAGGCGCCAUUGUGUCUUUUCACAUGAGGAACUCAUUUUUAAGAUGGCAGCAGACCCAGAAUGUUUAGAUGUGGGUCUGGCUGCCAUGGUAUGCAAAGAGUUGACUCUCAUGACUGAAGAAGAAACACGAUUAAGGGAAUCAGUUGUUCAGAUGGGUGUUGUGAUGUCAGAAGAAGAAGUCUUUGAACUUGUUCCUGAUGAUGAGCGGCAGUGUUCGGCGUGCAGAACCACAUGUUUUCUCUCAGCUCUCACAUGUUCUUGUAAUCCGGAGCGACUUGUAUGUCUGUACCAUCCAACUGAUUUGUGCUCCUGCCCCAUGCAGAACAAAUGUCUUAGGUACCGAUACCCACUAGAAGACCUCCCAUCUCUGCUUUAUGGUGUCAAAGUGAGAGCACAGUCCUAUGACACUUGGGUGAAUCGUGUUACAGAAGCAUUGUCAGCUAGCUUCAACCAUAAGAAAGAUUUGAUUGAAUUGAGAGUAAUGCUGGAGGAUGCUGAGGAUAGGAAAUACCCAGAGAAUGAUCUCUUUCGAAAGCUCAGGGAUGCAGUGAAAGAAGCUGAGACCUGUGGUUCUGUGGCUCAGCUGCUUCUGAGCAAAAAGCAAAAACACAGGCAGAGCUCAGAUAGUGGGAAGACUCGGACCAAACUGACAGUAGAAGAAUUGAAGGCCUUUGUCCAACAACUUGUUAGUCUUCCGUGUGUCAUCAGCCAAACUCGACAAGUAAAGAAUCUGCUGGAUGAUGUAGAAGAAUUUCAUGAACGUGCCCAGGAGGCAAUGAUGGAUGAAACCCCAGAUUCUUCCAAACUCCAAACAUUAAUAGACAUGGGCUCUAGUCUCUAUGUGGAGCUACCUGAAUUGCCCCAACUAAAGCAAGAGCUACAGCAGGCUCGGUGGCUAGAUGAAGUAAGACUAACUCUAUCAGAUCCACAACAAGUCACGUUGGAUGUCAUGAAGAAAUUGAUUGACUCUGGGGUAGGCUUGGCACCUCACCAUGCUGUGGAAAAAGCAAUGGCUGAACUACAGGAGCUCCUCACAGUCUCUGAACGAUGGGAAGAAAAGGCUAAGCUCUGCCUGCAAGCAAGACCACGGCACAGUAUGGCAAAUUUAGAAAAUAUUGUGAAUGAAGCCAAGAACAUUCCAGCCUUUCUACCCAAUGUGUUGUCCUUAAAAGAAGCCUUACAGAAGGCUCGUGAAUGGACAGCUAAAGUGGAAGCUAUUCAGAGUGGCAACAACUAUGCUUACUUGGAACAGCUUGAGAGCUUGUCUGCUAAAGGACGCCCUAUCCCUGUGCGUCUUGAUGCCUUGCCUCAAGUGGAAUCACAGGUGGCAGCAGCACGGGCCUGGAGAGAGCGGACUGGGCGGACCUUCCUUAAGAAGAAUUCCAGCCAUACAUUGUUACAGGUGCUAAGUCCACGAACUGACAUUGGUGUGUAUGGGAGUGGUAAAAACAGGAGGAAAAAAGUAAAAGAAAUACUAGAAAAAGAAAAGGAGAAGGACCUAGACCUUGAGACUUUGAGUGACUUAGAAGAAGGACUGGAGGAGUCGAGAGAUACAGCCAUGGUGGUGGCAGUUUUCAAAGAACGAGAGCAAAAGGAGAUUGAAGCCAUGCAUUCCCUCAGAGCAGCCAACCUAGCCAAGAUGACAAUUGUGGACCGCAUAGAAGAAGUGAAAUUUUGUAUUUGCCGCAAGUCAGCCAGUGGGUUUAUGUUACAGUGUGAGCUCUGCAAAGACUGGUUCCAUAACAGCUGUGUUCCUCUUCCUAAAUCAAGUUCCCAGAAAAAGGGAUCCAGCUGGCAGGCUAAAGAUGUAAAAUUCCUUUGCCCUCUUUGCAUGAGAUCUCGGAGGCCGAGGCUAGAGACUAUUCUGUCACUCCUGGUAUCCCUUCAGAAGUUGCCAGUACGGUUGCCUGAAGGAGAGGCACUGCAGUGUUUGACAGAACGUGCCAUGAGUUGGCAAGACAGAGCACGACAAGCUCUAGCCACAGAUGAACUGUCCUCUGCCCUGGCCAAACUCUCUGUGUUAAGCCAGCGUAUGGUGGAACAAGCAGCUAGAGAAAAAACUGAAAAGAUUAUCAGUGCAGAACUCCAAAAAGCAGCUGCUAAUCCAGAUUUACAGGGACACUUACCUAGUUUCCAGCAGUCUGCUUUUAACCGGGUGGUGAGCAGUGUAUCAUCUUCCCCCCACCAAACAAUGGACUAUGAUGAUGAAGAAACAGAUUCUGAUGAAGAUAUUCGGGAGACAUAUGGCUAUGACAUGAAGGAUACAGCCAGUGUGAAGUCCUCUAGCAGUCUGGAACCCAAUCUCUUUUGUGAUGAAGAGAUUCCCAUCAAGUCUGAGGAAGUGGUGACUCACAUGUGGACAGCACCUUCAUUCUGUGCAGAGCAUGCAUAUUCUUCUGCUUCUAAGAGUUGUUCUCAAGGUUCUAGCACUCCAAGAAAGCAGCCUCGGAAAAGCCCUUUAGUUCCCAGAAGUUUGGAGCCUCCAGUAUUGGAAUUGUCUCCUGGAGCAAAAGCACAGUUGGAAGAACUGAUGAUGGUUGGAGACCUCCUAGAAGUGUCUCUGGAUGAGACACAACACAUAUGGCGAAUAUUGCAGGCCACACAUCCACCCUCAGAGGACAGAUUCUUACAUAUCAUGGAGGAUGAUAGCAUAGAAGAGAAACCAUUAAAAAUGAAAGGAAAGGAUUCUUCAGAGAAGAAACGGAAACGAAAACUAGAAAAAGUAGAACAGUUUUUUGGAGAAGGAAAACAGAAGACCAAGGAGCCAAAGAAAAUAGAUAAACCUAAAAAGAAGAAAUUAAAAUUAAAUGUGGACAAAUCAAAAGAGCUGAAUAAAUUGGCCAAGAAGUUAGCAAAAGAAGAAGAGCGAAAGAAAAAGAAAGAAAAGGCUGCCGCCGCCAAAGUGGAGCUUGUGAAAGAGAGCACUGAGAAGAAACGAGAGAGGAAGGUGCUGGAUAUCCCCUCAAAGUAUGACUGGUCGGGCGCAGAGGAGUCUGACGAUGAGAAUGCUGUGUGUGCAGCCCAGAACUGCCAAAGGCCCUGUAAGGACAAGGUAGACUGGGUACAGUGUGAUGGUGGCUGUGAUGAGUGGUUUCAUCAAGUUUGUGUUGGUGUAUCCCCAGAAAUGGCUGAAAAUGAAGAUUACAUCUGUAUAAACUGUGCAAAGAAGCCGGGGCCAGAUAGCCCAGGCCAAGCACCACCUCCUCCCUUCAUAAUGAGCUACAAACUACCAAUGGAGGAUCUUAAAGAGACCAGUUAGCAGAUGUCCUGUUAGCUUGCAACAUGGGGGGAAGUGGACCACAUUGAGACCUUACUCAUCAAGCAGAGUGGUUCCGACCACUCAGAAUGUUGUUUCCAAAGAUGAAUGGACUUCAGAAAAAGUCCUCUUAAUGCUG